AUGGCCUACAUCGCCGGAGCCAUGCAGAGGAGUGCCACGUUGGAGGCGGUGAACCUCCGAAGCAACAGCAUCGGUGGCAGCGGCUGCACUGCGUUGGCGGAGGCCCUACUGGGCGCGGAGUCCGGCUGUAGCAGCCUCACAGAGCUGAACUUGAGCCACAACCCGCUUGGCGAUGAAGGCGUCUUGGCCAUUGCCAAGGUCCUCGGCAAGGGCGGCGCGGCCCUCCGGGACCUGGAUCUCUCCAGCGCCAGGUCUGCAACUGAAGAUGCCUGGGUGGAGUUCGGCAUUGCUCUAAGCGGUUGCCGGCUGGCGUCGUUGAAGCUCCGGCAGAACCCUGGCAUCGGCGACGCUGCGGCAGAGGCGUUUGCUCAGUCGCUUUCGAAGCCAGGCUGUUCCCUCUCAGAGCUCGAUCUCUCCUUCUGCAGCCUCAAAUCCGGCUGUGCACGGAUCCUUGGUGCCGGGCACUCCCUGCGGCAGCUGCAGCUCUUCGGCAAUGUCGCCGGGCCGGAAGCCGCUGAGGCAUUUGGCGUGGCAGCCGGUGCUGGUGCCCAGCUACAAGACCUGGACCUGUCGCGCUGCCACUUGGGCGGGAGCGCCGGUGCGGCGAUGGCCGCCGCGCUGCGCUGCAGUGCAGCGGCGGAUGUGUCGUUGCAGGAGCUGCACUUGGACCGCAACGCCCUGGGUGCCCAGGGCGUCGUCGCCUUGGCAGAGGCCCUCGGAGCGGGCUGCCAACUCAGGGCCUUGACCCUCCGCGACAAUCGUUGUGAAGACACUGGCGCUGGCGCGAUCGCAGAGGCACUGGGCCGCAAUCGGUCUCUAAAAGAGCUCGACCUUGCCGGCAACGAGAUCCACGACGCCGGUGGGCAAAGUUUGGGUUUGGCGCUGGCAUCUUCACCCGGUCCCAGGCUUGUGUACUUGGGCUUGAAAAGCAACAGGAUUGGUGACACAGGAGCCGAAGGCUUGGCCGCGGCGCUUGAGAAGAGCGCCUGGCUGGAGGAAUUGGACCUCAGCAACAACUCCAUUGGUAUGGUAGGUGUCAGCAAGCUCUGCAAAGCCUUAGAGGGCAACACUUCGCUCUGGUCCUUGCCGCUGGAGGGAAACGAGGCCGAAGAUGAGGUCAUCACUGGGGUGGAGGCCCUUGCUGCGGAUGUCGCCGGGCGCCGCGAGAGGCAGCCCCCGAAGCCGCGCUUCGCAUUCUCGGAACCGCUGCCUGCCGAAGACGCCGAGGAUGCCGUCAGCGAGACAAGCUCUGAGGCCAGCAGCCCCGCGAGUUCGGCCUCCCAGGUAUCGUCGCCCUCCCGUCCAGCGCAGCCUGCCGCCAUGCCUGUGCCGAGGCCGGAGGAGUCGACUUCGACGAAGGAGGAGAGUGCGGAAGACAUGGUGCAGCUCGUUGACAACUUCGUCCAACGUUGGGUCGCACCUGCGUGGCUUGCCGAGUGUGGAGAGUCCCUCACCCAACAUGGUCAUGAUUGCCUCGUGACUCUCGCGUUUGCCAUUGCGAUGUCUUGCCAGUCAUGGUUUGAUGGUGACGAAGAUGGCGAUGGCGAGGACUCUUUGCUGGAGGCCCUGGGCCAGGAAAUCGACAGCGAGGACUGCAGUCUGCUGAACGAGGGGCCCAGCUGCCAGGCAUCGGCCUUCCUCCAGACAGGUGCAGCCCUGCGGUGGUCGGAGUCCCUGAAAACGGACAGAGCGACGAUUCCCCGGAUCUCGGAGCCCCUUUCCUUCCUGGAGAUGCAGGAGGAGACGGCCACGGAGGCGGCGGUGGGAGAGGUGCACAGCAGCAGCGCUGCCGAAGAGCUGGGAGAGCUCUCCCAGAAGGUGGGGGAGGUGCAUGCGGAUCGAUCGCAGGAGCUCCUGAGGCAAUGGCAAGAGGACGGCGUGGAGCUGUAUGCUGCAGCGCAGGCAGCGCCCUCCGUAGGCAGCUUCGCAUCUGAAGCCACAGCAGCUCUGAAGAACGGCCUAGGCGCCGGUCACCAAGCGAAGGGCAUUACCGGCUUCUCCCUCUUUCUCUUUGUCGGCCUUCUUGCGGUUGUGAGUGUUGCGGUGGUCGCACUCCUCUACUGGGGCCCUUGGCUGUGGAAGUUGGAUCAGCAGGUGCCUCAGUGGCUGCCGGAAGCACUUUCCCAGGACCUCGUUGCACGCGAGGCGAAGAUUCCGGAGCUGGAGGAAGGCCCCCCCCGGCCCGCCAAGCAGCCGACCGAGCUUCCUGCCCAGCAAAGCGGCUUCGAAAGGGAGCCCGGGCCCAAACCCUCGGAAAUUCGCGAUGCGGAGAAGGGGCUCCAGGAGCGACUCCGGCAGCUCAUUUUCGAGGCGGCCGUUUGCGAGGAGGAGAACCUGGAGCAAGUUUUGCCCUCUGCUGCGGGCUACGACUGUGCGCUCUCCAAGCCCGUGAGCAGCGGCUGCCCUGUGAAGUUGCUCUGCCGCAUCGAGGGAGCUCUACCUGGGGGCCCUCCGCCCCUGGGCCUCCUCCGCGCACCACUCAGCCAAAGGAGCUGCGUUCUCUUCAGGGCGGUCGCCGAAGGUGCCAUGCCAAAGAAGUCCGAGGAGGCUGUCGACUUCCAGGUCUCCUUGGUUUCUGCGCCGUGGAUCCGCCUGAAGAGCAGAUGCCGAAAUCCCGAUGGCCCGGACGAACGGGGCUGA